GUCGCCGCCGCCCGUCGCUGUCACUCGUCGCGAGUUCAGUGCUCACUCUCUCACCCCGACCUUCAAUUCGUGCGAACGAGACAUCUAUAUCAGGUGGAGCGGGUGUAGGAUGUGAAGAGGUGCGCCCGCGCCUGCUGCACAUGCGCCUGCGCCGCGAGCUGCGGACAUGGCAUCUCGGAGAUAGUGCCAGGUGGUGAUUGUGGGAGAGGGUGUAGUGGCGGUAUGCACGUGUUGUUGGCAGCGCUGACGGCGCUGGUCGCGCACGCGCAGGCUGGCCCACAUGAGCACCGAGCCCGGCACCACGCACCCGAGCAUCCCCUCCACUUCCCUGCGCCAGCGCCGCCUCAACCCUACCGCGGCCACGGAGAGGCCGUCCGAUACAACCCAGAGCUCGAUACUAUCCUCCCCCGCAUUGAGGAACAUGAAACCUCUUCCAAACGCGCCAAGAUUGAAGACGAAACCUCCUCCAAGAGAGCCAAGUACGACGAGAGGUAUUACUCCAACCAUGAACGAGCCCCUGAGGAAGUCCUCAUGGCUGAUCAGCCCUAUCUAGGCCCAGAAGAAAAUGACCCCCUAGUCAUUCGGACCAGAAAAGGGAGAGUUAGAGGCAUCACCCUUACAUCAGCGACGGGGAAGAAAGUUGAUGCGUGGUUUGGUAUACCCUAUGCCCAAAAACCAAUCGGUGACCUAAGAUUCAGACACCCCAGGCCCGUUGAGAGUUGGGGCGAUGAAAUAUUAAAUACAACGACACUGCCACAUUCGUGCGUCCAAAUUAUAGAUACGGUAUUCGGAGAUUUCCCUGGCGCUGUAAUGUGGAAUCCCAAUACAGACAUGCAGGAAGACUGCCUUUACAUAAACAUUGUUGUUCCAAAACCACGACCUAAAAAUGCAGCUGUCAUGCUAUGGGUGUAUGGAGGAGGAUUUUACUCGGGAACCGUCACUUUAGACAUUUAUGAUCCAAAAAUACUGGUUUCUGAAGAAAACAUAGUUUAUGUGUCCAUGCAAUACCGAGUGGCAUCUCUUGGGUACCUGUUUUUUGAUACUCCGGACGUUCCAGGGAACGCUGGAAUGUUUGAUCAACUCAUGGCGAUGCAGUGGGUGAAAGAUAAUAUUGCUUUCUUUGGUGGAAAUCCGCAUAAUGUAACCUUGUUUGGAGAAUCUGCUGGUGCAGUAUCCGUAUCUUUACAUUUACUAUCACCAUUGUCCAGAAACUUAUUUUCUCAAGCUAUUAUGGAGUCUGGAGCUGCAACAGCCCCUUGGGCUGUAAUAUCGAGAGAAGAAAGUGUAUUACGAGGAAUUCGAUUAGCUGAAGCUGUCCACUGCCCUAGUUCUAGAACCGAUAUGGGCCCUAUGAUAGAAUGCUUGCGUAAGAAGUCAGCAGACGAGCUAGUUAACAAUGAAUGGGGGACGUUGGGUAUUUGCGAAUUCCCGUUUGUACCGAUAAUCGAUGGAUCGUUCUUAGAUGAAAUGCCGUCAAGAUCCUUAGCGCAUCAAAAUUUUAAAAAGACCAACUUGUUAAUGGGUUCAAAUACAGAAGAAGGAUAUUACUUUAUCCUUUACUAUCUCACUGAACUAUUCCCUAAAGAAGAAAACGUAGGAAUAACCAGAGAACAAUAUAUUCAAGCUGUUAGAGAGUUAAAUCCUUAUGUUAAUGAUAUAGCUCGUCAGGCUAUUGUAUUUGAAUACACAGAUUGGUUGAACCCUGACGAUCCGGUGCGGAACCGCAAUGCUCUUGACAAAAUGGUUGGUGAUUAUCAUUUUACUUGUAGCGUGAACGAGUUUGCACAUCGGUAUGCUGAGACUGGGAACGAUGUGUUCACGUAUUUUUACAAACAUCGAAGCAAGAACAGUCCGUGGCCAUCGUGGACGGGCGUGCUUCACGCAGACGAAGUCAAUUAUGUGUUCGGCGAACCAUUAAAUCCUGGAAAAAAUUAUUCCCCCGAAGAAGUGGAGUUUAGCAAGAGGAUUAUGCGGUACUGGGCAAAUUUUGCUAGAACUGGGAACCCUUCAAUCAACCCUAAUGGCGAGACCACAGAAAUCUUUUGGCCUAAACACACAGCCACUGGCAGAGAGUACCUCACUCUAGCAUUGAAUUCAACUGAGGUGGGACAUGGAGUUCGCGCAAAAGAGUGCGCGUUCUGGCAAAAAUAUUUGCCUCAACUGAUUGCUGCUACCAGUAAGCCAGAUCCUCCUAUGAACUGCACCAAUAGUGCGUCUACGCAAUGGUUGUCUUAUAAAUUUCUUGGCCUGAGCCUUGCCACCGUCGCCGGUUUCUCGCAAACCAAGCUGUUCAACUAUGUUAUAUGAAUCUUAGACAAUGGGCCUGUUGUCCUCUCUUGUAGUUCAUUUAGCUUCAAUAUCUUCUCUUACUAAACGCCAUCUAAUAGCAACCCGGGAAACGCUUUUCGUGUCUUAUAUUGAAAAAAACAAUGUAAAUGAAUACGUUGUCAUCUAAAAAUGUCUGGAAUAUUUUCUUAUCAACUUAUUUUUGUAUGUAACAAAAAUGUAGAUUGUGUAAUUUUAGUUUUAAGCCACCUCAAGUGUUAUAUUGCGCUAAGUCCAAACAAUAUUUGUCUAGUAAAGUCGCUAUUAAGUUCCAUUAAUGUAAGUGAUGUAAAAUUAUUGUUUAUGAACUAAUGUUAUAAUCUAUUUUAAAAGGAGUGAUGCCUCCAUCAACAUAUCACUUGUUAAUAACAAAUUAUAGAAUUAUGGUAGCCGUAAUUUUGUCAUAGCUGAUAAGUCUCUACAUAUCUUUCGAAGGUAGUACAAGCGUGACUUCUGCGAACGCAAACGAAUAUAAUAUGAUGUGAACAAUGACUUUGUAACUAAGCAAUCAAAGGAACAAAUGUGUGAAGUGUACUCUAUUCGUAGUAAGGUGUAGAAGGGGCGAGAAGAAAAUAUUAGCUUUAACGCGUCUGUAUUGCAACACAUAUCACGCAAGGCAUAGAAACAUUUAAGUUCAUAUAAUAGCUAUAGAAAAUAAGUUAAGGUGUAAGCUAGGCCAUUUCACAACUUUGUAGCGGACCAAUAUUAGAAAGUUGUACGUGUAUUAUGAUUCGAUGUAAUAUAGAACAGGAAUUGUGUUUUGCGAAUAAUUUUCGUACUUAUAUAUGAAGGGUUAAAGAUCAUGCAAGAUGUCAAUAACAAUGGAAUAUAAAUUGAGGGAUUUAAGUUAUUUAUAAAUAUAAAUAUUUACAUUACGCACCUUCUGUGAAAUAGUAAUUUAACUUACAAAAUACAAGUUAAAAAAUGAAAAUGAUAAUGUCUUUAUGCGGU